AUGUCAGAAGCUCCGCGGCGCUUCUACGACUUGCAGAUGUCGUCCCCGUCAACUUCGAAAAAUGAUGCGACUGAUCAAAACUUUGACUACAUGUUCAAACUGCUCAUUAUUGGCAACUCUGCUGUAGGAAAGACGUCAUUCUUAUUCAGAUACGCAGAUGACAGCUUUACCUCUGCGUUUGUUUCGACUGUUGGCAUUGAUUUCAAAGUAAAGACUGUACAGAGGAAUAAUAAACGAGUCAAGCUGCAGAUUUGGGAUACAGCGGGCCAGGAGAGAUACAGGACGAUUACUACGGCUUAUUAUCGAGGAGCAAUGGGAUUUAUUCUGAUGUAUGAUAUCACUAAUGAAGAUUCGUUCAAUGCUGUUCAGGACUGGGCGACGCAAAUCAAAACAUACAGUUGGGAUUCCGCUCAAGUGAUGCUCGUAGCGAACAAAGCAGACAUGGAGAAUGAACGUGUCGUGUCGACCGAGCGAGGCGAAGAGCUGGCAAGGCAAUUAGGAUUUGAUUUCUUUGAAACGUCAGCGAAGGAAAAUUUGAAUGUUUCGGCCUCAUUUGACAGACUCGUCGAUGUUAUUUGCGAUAAAAUGGCAGAAUCACUAGAAGAGAGCGCCCAAGCAGCAUCAACUGGCACUCAAAAUCUCCACGACGUUGGCCAAAGCGAAAACAAACCGCCAUGCUCCUGUUGA